AUGGCUGCUCCAAUCGCCAUAGGGACACGAGGAACAAUCGGAUCGCUUGUACGUAAAGAAAUCGACUACUUCAAAAGCUUCCAUACAUGUCCCCAAUUCGAUCCGAGGAAAGACAAUUCCAAAAACAAUAAAUUUCAGCAAAGACAUAGCUCAUCACGGCUGAGUUCUUGGUUAUCUAGAGCCAAUUGGAGAAAGAAGAAGCAGCAUAGUUGCGGUGGCCGCGGCAGGUUUUUGCCGAGUAUGUGCUCGGCGGUGGAGGUUUCCGGCGAGAAUCGGGUUCCGGAUUUCAACUAUAGGAUCUUGAAGAGUGAUGAUAAAAGCUUGCGUGUUUAG